AUGUAUGCCAUCGCCCCCGGGGCUGUCCAGAUGCCCGCGCCUGCAGAGUUUACAGGGACCGUGGGGGAGCUGUGGUCCUGGCCGCUGUCCUGUCCUGGGCUAUCUGUGCCAGACGUCACGUGCCGAAGCGAUGCCACGGGCCGGGCCCAGAGCCUGGAGCUGGCGGUGCAUGUGGGGCCUGUCGGGUCUGUGAGCGAGCGCGAGGAUCCCACACGCCGACGCCCCUCGGCCUCCAGCCUCACCGGCUCCUGUAUCCGCACCCGGGGCGAACCCCAGGAACGUCGCCCUGUGCCUCAGGACGAGUGGGGGGGGUGCCCCACGGGCGGCAAGGACGAGGAGAUCCCCUGCCGGAGAAUGAGGAGUGGGAGCUACAUCAAAGCCAUGGGCGACGAGGAGAGUGCGGAGUCCGACUCCAGCCCCAAGACGUCGCCCACGGCGGCCAUGCGGCCAGAGCCCCUGCUCAAGCCCAUCGGACCGAGGCCGCUGGCAGAUCUCCAAACCCAGAGCUACCUGCAAGCCGCAAGGGACGUGUCUGCUGCCCACAGCCUGGACCCCUCUGCCAAGUACAACUCCCCGAAAUUCCGCUCCCGGAACCAGAGCUACAUGAGAGCCGUCAGCACCCUGAGUCAGGCCAGCUGUGUGAGCCAGAUGAGCGAGGCAGAGAUGAACGGGCAGUUCGAGUCAGUGUGUGAAUCUGUCUUCAGUGAAGUCGAGUCCCAGGCCAUGGACGCCCUGGACCUUCCCGGAUGCUUCCGGACGCGCAGCCACAGUUACCUCCGAGCCAUCCAAGCUGGUUACUCCCAGGACGACGAAUGUAUUCCCGUGAUGACGCCCUCCAACACCACCCCAACUGUCAGGUCCACAGCAGCCGUGUCGUACGCGAAUUACAAGAAGACCCCGCCGCCCGUGCCCCCGCGCACCACGUCCAAGCCCCUGAUCUCGGUGACGGCGCAGAGUAGCACGGAGUCCACCCAGGACGCCUACCAGGACAGCCGCGCCCAGAGGGCGUCCCCGUGGCCCCAGGAUGGCCGCGGCCUCUACAACUCCACGGACAGUCUGGACAGCAACAAGGCCAUGAGCCUCGCCCUGGAGACGGCCGCGGCCCAGCGCCUCGCUGCCGAGGGCCAGAGCGGCUCCACGCGGACCAGCGACAAGGCCGUCCUGGUGUCCAAGGCGGAGGACUUCCUCAAGAGCCGGCGCUCCUCCAUCGGGAUCCAGGAUUCUGAAUUCCCAGAACAUCAGCCAUACCCAAGGUCAGAUGUGGAAACAGCCACAGAUUCAGACACGGAGAGCCGAGGCCUGCGGGAAUACCACUCUGUCGGCGUCCAGGUGGAAGAUGAGAAGAGCAAAGAAAUUCUCGGGAAGAUCCGGAGUGCCGUGGGGAGUGCACAGCUUCUGAUGUCCCAGAAAUUCCAGCAGUUCUAUUGGCUGUGCCAACAGAACAUGGACCCCAGCGCCAUGCCGAGACCCACGUCCCAGGACCUGGCGGGCUACUGGGACAUGCUGCAGCUCUCCGUCGAGGACGUCAGCAUGAAGUUCGACGAGCUGCACCAGCUGAAGCUCAAAGACUGGAAGAUAAUAGAGUCUCCGGAGAGAAAGGAAGAAAGAAAGGUCCCCCCUCCAAUACCAAAGAAGCCCCCCAGAGGGAAAUUUCCUGUCACGAGAGAAAAGUCCCUGGACCUGCCGGACAGACAGCGUCAAGAAGCCCGGAGGCGGCUCAUGGCUGCCAAGAGGGCCGCCUCCUUCCGCCAGAAUUCGGCCUCGGAGCGCGCAGACAGCAUAGAGAUCUACAUCCCGGAGGCCCAGACGCGGCUCUAG